UGGUUGAGCCCAGCGAGGUUACCGGAAGUUGUUUCAGCUGCCAUGUUUGGUUGCUUUGUUGUAGGCUUCUACUUGGUUUCCUUCAGAAUUAGUAAGUGUGGAAAUGGAGCCGAGCUGGAGUACGUUUCUUUUUCAACAGGCAAAUGAAGCCCUCCACCACCAGCAUCAGGUGGCCCAGAACAGCCUGCUGCCACUCCUUAAUGCAGGAGCUGAACAAGUUGACCAGAAGCCUGUCCUGCCCAUCCAAAUAGACCAGAAGCCCCCCACCAGCGCCGCUGAUCUCCUCAAAGACAAUGUGGCCAGCGGAGGCGGCGGGCGGCCACUAGUGCCUGUCAUAAAGAAGGAACACAAAGGCAAAACGCCUUUCGUCUGUGGCUACUGCAACAAGGCCUUCCGCGACAGCUACCACCUGCGACGCCAUGAGUCCAGCCACACCGGUAUUAAGAUGGUGUCUCGGCCGAAGAAGACCGCCCAGACGGCCCCCACCAUGGUACCCAUGAUCUCCACCAUGCCGCGAGAGAACAACGGCCACCCUUCCUACAUCUCCACGGUAGCGGGCAUUCUCUCGACAGCGACCACCUCCGUUUCCUCGAGUAUCAUGACGUCGUCCGCGAUGGGCAACGUGCCGCAGCAAAACAUCCCCAAGAAACCCGCCAAACCCGUCAAGAAAAACCACGGUUGUGAGAUGUGUGGCAAGGCCUUCCGCGACGUCUACCACCUGAACCGCCACAAGUUGUCCCAUUCGGACGAGAAGCCCUUCGAGUGCCCCAUCUGCCAGCAACGCUUUAAAAGGAAGGACAGGAUGACCUACCAUGUUCGCUCUCAUGACGGGGGAGUCCACAAGCCCUAUGUAUGUUCUGUGUGUGGGAAAGGCUUUUCCAGGCCAGACCACUUGAGCUGCCAUGUGAAGCAUGUGCAUUCCUCAGAAAGGCCGUUUAAAUGUCAAGUAACGGCCUGUACCUCUGCUUUCGCCACCAAAGACAGACUCCGUUCCCACAUGAUCAGGCAUGAAGGCAAGGUCACUUGUAGCAUCUGUGGGAAGAUGCUGAGUGCAGCCUACAUCACCAGCCAUUUAAAGACUCACGGACAGACCAACUUUAACUCCUGUAACAAAGAAGGUAACGAAGUCUGCAACUCUGCCUCAGCUACACCUGUGACCGUUUCUGCCCCCAUCACCACGGCGAUGAACCGGGGCAACAUCAACCACCCUGUGACCAUAGCCGCACAAAUGAACAUUAGCACCAACACAGUCAACAUCACGUCUCCAGUCAGCCUCCAGCACCCGGUCACCAUCACCGGGCCCGUCAACAUUGCCUCCGUCAACAUCCCCGUCUCGGCGCCCAUGAAUAUAGCCCACCCAGUCGCAAUAACGACCCCCAUGCCUAUGAAUAUGGGCGGUCCGCUCAACAUCGCCAUGAGGCCAGUGGAUAGCAUGUCUUUUCUGUCCCAAGUCUUGCCUUCUUCCCCACCCUGGUAAAAAAAACAAAAGAAAAGGAAAGAAAAGAGAGAGAGCAUUGAACUGGCCAGACAGAAAGGGAAAAUGAAGUAAACCAAGAGACUCUUGUCCUCCAUUAUUUGCACCUCAAGCCCAGCUCUUUGUACCGACGAACCACGUUUACUUCUUCAGACCGUGAAGUGAAUAUUUACACGAGCCGCGCGGCCGGUAGGAGCUCCCACAAGUCACAGCUACGUCCCAGCUAAAUGUUAAACGUGGCUGUCAUGAGAUGCAGAAACACUUCGAGUAGGAAAAAAAAAAAUCGAGUAGGAUUUUUAUUUUGAAAUCAGGACAACCGUAAGACUUAGUGUAGUCAGUUAGAAUGAUGAAACUGUGAUUUGUAUCCUGACAGAGGAGAGGAGAGGAGAGGACUCCGUAGGAAAAACACACCUGUGCUUUUGUAAAAGGGAGAUGAGAAAUGGACUGAAGCAAUAACUCUAAAAUUGCUGUUUUUUGAUGUUUUACAAGUUCUCUCCCAAAAACCCUCUGGGUGUUACUUUGUAUUGUUGUUUUUUUAACUAUAGCCUGCUAAUCACUAUCUAUUUAAUGUUAUAGGAAAUGAGUUUAGUAAAAGGGACAGCAGCUUCCACUUGCAUGGAAGAAUAUUUUUUCACAGUGCUAUAGCUUUUUCUUUUUCUUCUCAGAUAGUAGGUAUGCUCUUGAGGUACAGUGACUAACUUGUACAGUUGACAUAGUAAUGUAUUUUCAUGUCAGCGUUUUGAUUUUAGGUUUUUUGUUUUUUUUUUGGUCAUUCAAGCGGAUAUCUCGACACUGUCCUCUUGACAAUGGAAAUAUUUGUACUUUGUUUUCUAUUUGUAUGGAAACUCAACGGUUUGUUUUUAUUUGCCUAUUCGUGGUGUUCAUUUUUAUUUUUAUUUUUCUCUCCAUGAAGUCAGAAUGGAAUGAGUCUUGCACUGAAAGCAUAUCCUACAUACAGGUGAACAGCAGUAUUAUCAAAGAACAAAAUUGGAGUCUUAAGUGUUUCGGUUAGCCAGCCUGCACUUGAGCGCCAUCUAGUGGCUGACCACAGAAAAAAAAGGCCUGGCCUUGUAGUGAAGCUUUUUCAGGCUGUUACUGUCAUCAUAAUGGUGAAUAAUUAGUUCUGUCUGACUCUUGUGUACACUGUUUUUUUUUAUUUGUCAUAGCCCCAAGACGAUACUAAGGACCUCACACUCAGGAAACACACAUAAAAGCCCACUACAUAUGAACUUGGUUAUUUUUUUAAAUUGAUAUCUACCAUGUGUCUUGACAUGUUUUUAUUUUUAAGGUUUCCUAAAUCAUUUGGCAUCGAGGUGUUAAACGACCAGACUUCCAUCAGGGAGAAGAAGAAGUCCAACAAUUAUUGAUUUUUUUUUUUUUAAACAUAACCGUCCAUUUGAAUAAUCAUUUACUGUGCAAUUGCAUAAAUGCUGUACUUUUCUUUUUUUUCCCCACAUUUCUUUAUUUUUUUUAAUUCAAGUUCAUCUCAAGCUGCAGUUACAGGGCUGAGAUCUGGAUGAAUUUGAUAAAAAAUGCAAGUUUUUAUUAUAUAUUUUUUUGUCCAUUAAAAUAAUGUGACAAGAUUGAUGUUGCAUGACCCCAAACACUGUAGCUGUUGAACAUUAACUAUUUUUGAAUGAAUGCUAUGUGAUCUCAACAGUAUUGCAGCUCUUGGAGUGGAUUCAGUUCAGACUGAAAAAAUGCAAUAUGCAUGUUUGUCAUUUUCCCAAGUUUUGUUUUAAACAAAAAAAAAAAAUAGCGUAGAUUUUUUUUUCUUAUGCAUUUACGUAGAUACACUAUGAUAGCUUGUUUGCCAAAUUUGAUACAAUAAUAAUGUCUUAAACUGAACAUUUCUUGUGGAUUUGAACAUUAUUUUUAUUUUCAAGAAAACAAAUAAUUGGAAAUUCCAGGACCCUUGUGAAAGCAGUUGAAUGUAUAUCUUUGUACAAAACUAUUUUAGUUCCAAGGAUAUGGUAGUUACAAUAGAUGUGAAAGAUAAGAUAACCUUUUUUAUAAAUCUUUUGUAUUAGAACAUUAACAAUGGUAAUUUUGUAUAUAUGAGAGGCUAGGCUUUCUGAUUAGCAGAAAGGUCAAAACAUUCCUACAUUUUUUUUAAAUGUAUGUUUGUCAAAUUAUUACAUAAACAUGCGCAAUGUUA